AUGGCGCGUUACAACUUAUGUUUGCAGAUUUCAUUUGCAAGCUUCUUCGCUGUUCUAGUUCUUCUUGUUCGUGCUCAAGACCAAUCAGGUUUUGUCAGUAUAGAUUGCGGUAUACCAGACGAUUCAAGCUAUAACGAUGAAACAACAGACAUAAAGUACAUUUCAGAUGCUGCUUUUGUUGAGUCUGGGACAAUUCAUAGCAUAGAUCCUAAGUUUCAGACAAGUUCUCUUGACAAGCAGUUUCAAAGCGUUAGGAGCUUCCCUGAAGGCAAGAGAAAUUGUUACGAUGUCCAGCCUCCGCAGGGAAAAGGAUUCAAGUAUUUGAUCAGAACCCGUUUCAUGUACGGUAACUAUGAUAAUCUAGGGAAAGCACCAGAGUUCGAUCUUUAUCUUGGUGUGAAUCUCUGGGAUUCAGUUACUAUAGAUAAUGCAACUACGAUAGUUACCAAAGAGAUCAUCCACACUCUUCGUUCAGACCAUGUUCAUGUGUGUCUUGUUGAUAAAGAUAGAGGAAUUCCAUUCCUGUCUGUGUUAGAACUCAGGCUCUUGAAGAGUGAUACAUACGAGACUCCUUAUGAUUCAAUGAUGCUGUUUAAAAGAUGGGAUCUUGGGGGACUCGGUAAUCUUCCUAUCAGGUACAAAGAUGACGUUUUUGAUCGGAUAUGGAUACCGCUGAGGUUUCCAAAGUAUAAAAUCUUCAAUGCGUCGCUCACAAUAGAUUCAAAUAACAACAACGGAUUCCAACCCGCUCGCUCUGUUAUGAACACUGCAACUUCACCUGAAGAUUUAAGCCAAGACAUAAUCCUUUAUUGGGAACCACUGGAUCCUACUUGGAAGUACUAUGUGUAUAUGCAUUUUGCAGAAGUUGUGGAACUGCCAAGUAAUGAGACAAGAGAAUUCACUGUGCUUCUAAACAAAAAGUCAAUCAACAUGUCUGUGUUUAGCCCGCGCUACUUGUAUACAGAUACGCUUUUCGUUCAGAACCCUGUGAGCGGACCAAAACUUGAGUUUCUUCUUAAACGCACUGCUAAAUCUACGCUUCCACCAAUCAUUAACGCCAUUGAAACAUAUCGUGUCAAUGAAUUUCUUCAGUCACCUACUGACCAACAAGAUGUUCAUUCAAUUAUGAUGAUCAAAUCCAAUUAUCGAGUGAAGAAGAACUGGCUUGGAGAUCCUUGUGCUCCAGGUAGAUAUCCUUGGAAGGAUAUCAACUGCAGCUAUGUUGGUAACGAGCCUCCGAGAAUCGUUUCUGUGAAUUUAUCCUUAAGUGGCUUGGCUGGCGAGAUUGAUCCAACCUUCUCUAACCUUACUUCGAUACAGAAACUGGACUUAUCAAACAACAAUUUAACAGGAAAAGUACCCAAUUUCCUCGGAAAUCUACAUAACUUAACGGAGUUAAACUUGGAAGGAAACAAGUUAACGGGUGCUCUUCCGGCGAAACUACUAGAGAGAUCAAGGAGUGGAUUGCUUUCGCUGAGGUUUGACGGGAAUCCAGACCUCUGCGUGUCUGCUUCAUGUCAAAAUCCGGAUUUGAAGACAAAGAAGAGUGUGUAUAUUAUUCCAGUAGUAGUAUCUGUCGCAGGAGUGCUUGGUCUUGUACUAGCAAUUACUUUGUUUUUGCUGUACAAGAAGAGACAUCAAAGUGGCGGCUCUCAUAGUGUUAGGACUGGGCCAUUGGACACCACAAAACGAUACUACAAAUACUCAAAAGUUGUGAAAGUUACAAACAACUUUGAGAGAAUUCUUGGACAAGGAGGUUUUGGAAUAGUAUACCACGGUGUCUUAAAUGAUGACCAAGUUGCUGUUAAGAUUCUAUCUGAAUCAUCGGCUCAAGGUUACAAAGAGUUCAGAGCAGAGGUUGAACUUCUCCUGAGAGUCCAUCACAAGAACCUAACUGCUCUUAUCGGAUACUGCAACGAAGGCAAGAAGAUGGCACUUAUCUACGAGUUUAUGGCUAAUGGAACCUUAGGAGAUUAUUUGUCAGGGAAGAAAUCUUAUGUCUUGAGCUGGGAGGAGAGGUUACAGAUAUCAUUGGAUGCAGCACAAGGGCUUGAGUAUCUUCACAAUGGCUGCAAGCCACCCAUUGUACAAAGAGAUGUGAAGCCAGCUAAUAUUCUAAUCGACGAGAAGCUCCAGGCCAAGAUUGCUGACUUUGGGUUAUCUAGAAGUGUCGCACUGGACGGUAAUAACCAGGAUACAACCGCUGUUGCUGGGACUAUUGGUUAUCUUGACCCCGAGUACCAGUCGACGCAAAAAUUAAGCGAGAAGAGUGAUGUAUACAGCUUCGGGGUGGUUCUUUUAGAAGUUGUCACGGGCCAACCGGUGAUUGCACGUUCAAGAACAACAGCAGAGAAUAUACACAUAACCGACUGGGUUGAGUCGCUUCUGUCCACAGGAGAUAUCAGAGGCAUUGUGGAUCCAAAGCUAGGAGAGAGGUUUGAUGCUGGUUCGGCAUGGAAGAUCACUGAAGUAGCAAUGGCUUGUGCGUCUUCUAGCUCUAAGCAUAGACCGACAAUGAGUCAGGUAGUUGCUGAGCUGAAGGAGAGUGUAAGCAGAGCAAUAGGUGCUGGUGGUUAUUCUGGCGCUAGUAGUAGUUUUACUACAGAGCCCGCGAUGUCGGCUUCUGACUCGGGAAUGUUUCCUCAGGCGAGUGAAUCUGAAGCAUAUCCACUGUCCCACAUCGACUACAUCAUUGGAAGGAGACUUGAAGCAGCUGUUUCUGUCAGGAAGUUAACGCCUCUUCCUUGGCUUUUCUAUCCACUAGACCAACUCUCUGCUACUGGUAGGUUUCCAGAGUUAAAGAACCAUAGAAUCUUCUAUUCUAGGGAUGGUUGGUUGCUUGUUAGAGACUAUUAUUACCCAUCCGGGUUCUUUCUUAACCCGUUUACUCGAGAGCGCAUCAAGUUACCCUCGGGGUUAGGCUACUACUUAGCUUUCUCGGUCGCUCCUACGUCAACUAGUUGUGUGGUGAUCUCACUCAAACAACUAUGUGACAAAUCAAGUAUAGUGAUUGAUACUUGGCGUCCUGGUGAAAACGUAUGGACCAAGCAUUGCUUUGAGAACCCGUUAACAGAGUGCAAAUGGACACUAUGUGUCUUCUCCAAUGGUAUGUUCUACUGGCUAAGUGCCUACGGUUACCUCGGGGUUUUCAAUCCGUCUAGAGAAACAUGGAACAUUCUUCCGGUGAAACCCUGUCCCGCAGAUUUCGCUAGGCCAGUUUUGAUGACGGAACAUGAAGGAGACAUCUAUGUUAUGUAUACGUCAAACAGAAGCGACCAACCGGUGUUUAAACUAAACCUUGAAAACAAAAUAUGGGAAGAGAAGAGAGAUUUUGGUGGCUUGACAGUGUUUUCAAGUUACCCUGCCUCUCUUACAAGAGCUGGUCUCUCCGCUGAGGAGAGGGACAUAAUAUAUGAGCGACUUAGCUUGCACUACUCCUUCUCCAAUGACAAAAGCUUCUUUUGUCCUCCAAUUUUGUCUCGCACCAUCGCUUGGAUGGAUCCACCUCACAACCUUAAUUUUUGA